AUGUUUAAAUUUGAAAGUUCACAGAAACGGAAACAGAAACGAAUAGAAGCAGAACUUGACAAUGCUGUCAAUCAGAAAAGGUUGGGUGCAUAUAUGGUAGAAGGUCUUGUGGCAAGGAUGGCUUGCUCUGGAGCAACAAUUUACAAAGCAUUAAGGUGCAAAGAACCUGCUAGUGCAGAGCUCCUGCCAUAUAUGCAAAUCCUCUAUGAAGUUUGCCCUUAUUUCAAAUUUGGUUAUAUGGCUGCAAAUGGUGCCAUCGCAGAAGCAUUCAAAGAUGAAGAUAGAGUGCACAUUGUGGAUUUUCAGAUUGCUCAAGGCAGCCAAUGGGUUACACUCCUCCAAGCCCUUGCUCGAGGUGGAGGGUUAGAGUUGGUUGGUAAAAGAUUAUCAAAGCUUGCUGAGACUUUCAAAGUUCCAUUUGAGUUUCAUGCUGUGCCUAUGAUGGGUGCUGAUGUUCAGGUUCAUAUGCUUGAGGUUCGACCUAGGGAUGCAUUGGCUGUGAAUUUUGCUUUCCAGCUGCAUCAUUUGCCCGAUGAAAGUGUAAACACAAGCAACCAUCGGGAUCGAAUUUUACGGAGGGUAAAGGGACUAAGGCCAAAAGUUGUUACAUUAGUUGAGCAAGAAUCUAACACUAACACUGCACCGUUCUUCCCUAGGUUUAUGGAGACUCUAAGCUAUUACACAGCCAUCUUUGAAUCUCUCGAUGUAACUCUUCCCAGAGAGAGCAAGGAGCGGAUCAAUGUUGAGUUGCAACUUUGUUAUCGUGAUUUUUUGGAGCUGUCAUAA